AUGUUACCAGCAGAUCGUGCGGGUAUGGAGUGGUUGCUCAAGCGCGGUCGCGGUUUGCUCCCCUAUUGUCUGGUCGGCUAUAUUCUUGAUGGUGUCCAGCCAGCUGUCCGUCUAGGCUUACGACUGACCGAUGGAGGAAAAGCUGCAGUCAAAGUGAGAGCAGCAAAGAAGAUGCUGCCUCAGUGCGCCGCCAUGUCAGCGUGGCCAAUCAUGGCCGACGAUAAUAGCAGCUAG